GAGGAAACCGAGAAGGAGGGAGCGCGGCGUCGGUGUUGUCCCUUUUCUCUGUCUCCUCGCACUUCAUGGUCUGCCGGUCCCCACUAUGGAGAAAUUAGGUCCUGAGCCGGAGCUUCAGCGGCCUCGGUAGGGGUGCGGCCUGAGGCUCGGAGAAGUGGGAUGUAAAACGAAGACCAGGAACAGAUUUGAAGCAGUGCAGAGUGAAGUGGUGCCAGUCAGCAUGUCAGAGGCAGAGCACAUAGCCUCCAUUUCCUCUGAUAAAAAUAUCGGGAAAACAUUUGAAUUAAAGGAAGACUCCUGCAACUUGUUGUCUGGUGAUGACAGCAGCAGCUUAGAAAAUGAGUCUACGCUGCCAUCAUUAAACUUUGAUAAAACUUUAUGUCAGCCUAAUGAACACAAUCAGAUUGAAGCCCAGGAAAACUAUAUUCAGGAUCAUGGUGGAGGUGAGGAUUCUUGUGCUAAAACAGACAUAUGCCCAGAAAAUUCUGAACAACUAGCUAAUUUUCCUGGUGGAGGUUUUACAGAGCAAGCUUCAAAAACAAAUGAAACUGAGCAGACAGUGACACAGAUAUUGGCGGAAUUGAGGUCAUCUACAUUUACAGAAGCAGCAAAUCAAAAGACUUAUUCAGAAAGUCCUUACGAUACAGACUGCACCAAGAAACUUAUUUCAAAAAUAAAGAAUGUUUCGGCGUCAGAGGAUUUGUUGGAAGAAAUAGAAUCUGAGCUUUUAUCUACAGAGUUUGCAGAAGAACACCGAGUUCCAAAUGGAAUGAAUAAGGGAGAACAUGCAUUAGUUAUGUUUGAAAAAUGUGUGCAGGAGAAGUAUUUACAACAGGAGCACACCAUAAAGAAGUUAAUUAAAGAAAAUAAGAAGCAUCAGGAGCUCAUCUUAGACAUUUGUUCAGAAAAAGACAAUUUAAGAGAAGAAUUAAAAAAAAGAACAGAAACAGAGAAGCAGCAUAUGAACACAAUUAAACAGUUAGAAUCAAGAAUAGAGGAACUUAGUAAAGAAGUUAAAGCUUCCAAAGAUAAACUAGUAGCUCAAGACAUUGCAGCUAAAAAUGCAGUUCAGCAGUUACAUAAAGAGAUGGCCCAUCGAAUGGAACAGGCCAACAAAAAAUGUGAAGAGGCACGCCAGGAAAAAGAAGCAAUGGUAAUGAAGUAUGUAAGAGGCGAGAAGGAAUCUUUAGACCUUCGAAAGGAAAAAGAGAUACUUGAAAGAAAACUCAGAGAUGCAAAUAAAGAAUCUGAGAAAAACACUAACAAAAUUAAGCAGCUUUCUCAGGAGAAAGGACGGUUGCACCAGCUGUAUGAGACAAAGGAAAGUGAAACUACUAGACUCACCAGAGAAAUUGACAAAUUAAAAGAAGAUAUCAACUCUCAUGUCAUAAAAGUAAAAUGGGCACAAAACAAAUUAAAAGCAGAAAUGGAUUCACACAAGGAAACCAAAGAUAAACUCAAAGAAACAACAACAAAGUUAACUCAAGCAAAGGAAGAAGCAGAUCAGAUAAGGAAAAAUUGUCAGGAUAUGAUAAAAACGUAUCAGGAGUCAGAAGAAAUUAAAUCAAAUGAGCUGGAUGCCAAGCUUAGACUCACAAAAGGAGAACUUGAAAAACAGAUGCAAGAAAAAUCCGACCAGCUAGAGAUGCAUCAUGCCAAAAUAAAAGAACUGGAAGAUCUAAAGAGGACAUUUAAGGAGGGCAUGGAUGAACUACGAACACUGAGAACAAAGGUGAAAUGUCUAGAAGAUGAACGAUUAAGAACAGAAGAUGAGUUAUCAAAAUAUAAGGAAAUUAUUAAUCGCCAGAAAGCUGAAAUUCAGAAUUUAUUGGACAGAGUGAAAAUUGCGGAUCAGAUACAGGAGCAGCAUCAAAGAGGUAAACAAGAAAUUGAAAAUUUGAAGGAAGAAGUGGAAAGUCUCAAUUCUUUGAUUAAUGACCUACAAAAAGACAUCGAAGGCAGUAGGAAAAGAGAAUCUGAGCUCCUGCUGUUUACAGAAAAGCUCACUAGUAAGAAUGCACAGCUCCAGUCCGAAUCCAAUUCUUUGCAGUCACAAUUGGAUAAGCUUUCCUGUAGUGAAAGUCAGUUACAAAGCCAAUGUGAAGAAAUGAAACAGACAAAUACUAAUUUGGUAAGUAGGUUGGUGAAAGAGGAGGAACUGCGGAGAGAGGAGGUCCAGACCCUGCAAGCGGAACUCGCCUGUAGACAAACAGAAGUUAAAGCACUGAGCACCCAGCUCGGAGAACUAAAAGAUGAAUUAGUCACUCGGAGACGCAAACAUGCCUCCAGUGUCAAGGAUCUUAUCAAACAACUCCAGCAAGCACGAAGAAAAUUAGAUCAGAUUGAGAAUGGAAACUAUGAUAAAGAAGUCAGCAGCAUGGGGAGUCGUUCUAGUUCAUCAGGGUCCCUCAAUGCUCGAAGCAGUGCAGAAGAUCGAUCUCCAGAAAAUACUGGGUCAUCAGUAGCUGUGGAUAACUUUCCAGAAGUAGAUAAGGCCAUGUUGAUUGAGAGGAUAGUAAGGCUACAGAAAGCACAUGCUCGGAAAAAUGAAAAGAUAGAAUUUAUGGAGGAUCAUAUCAAACAAUUGGUAGAAGAAAUUAGGAAAAAAACAAAAAUAAUUCAGAGUUACAUUUUACGGGAAGAAUCAGGCACACUUUCUUCAGAGGCAUCUGAUUUUAACAAAGUCCAUUUAAGUAGACGGGGAGGCAUUAUGGCAUCUUUAUAUACAUCCCAUCCAGCUGAUAGUGGAUUAACAUUGGAACUCUCUUUGGAGAUCAACAGAAAAUUACAGGCUGUUUUAGAGGAUACAUUACUAAAAAACAUUACAUUGAAGGAAAAUCUACAAACACUUGGAACAGAAAUUGAGCGUCUUAUUAAACAUCAGCAUGAACUCGAACAGAGAACGAAGAAACCCUAACGCAAAGCUCUCAUUCACUAAACAGACAAAAGCCACAUAAGGAGCAGGUGCCACUGCCCAUUAUUGUUGGAAACUUUUCCCUGCUUUGUGUGUCAGUAAAAAAUUGUUUUGCUUCAUCUGUAUAAAAAAGUAUCCUUUUACAAUAUGAAUGCAUUGCUGUGUAUACUGUAAGAGCAAAAGCUUUGAUGAAAUUUGUCUUUGUAUAGUGACAGCCUGUCCCUGAAUCAGAACACCCGAAAUUGCUAAUGGUCAUACAAAGUGCUGAACAUUACUACAAGGGCUUUUGAAAACCCCUUCUCCUUAUUUCUUCCUUUUAAAAUAUAUAAUGUCAAAAAUGAUUCAGCUUUUAAAAUUCUGCAUGAAAGGACACGUGUUCAUCAUUCCGUCAUGUGCUGUUUCUCCAACGUGAAGAAAACUAAAGUGAUAAAGAUCAUAUUUGACCUGCCAGUAUCCCAUUUGGUUGUGUCACAGGGAUGCCAGUGAGUCUUAACUUCUUGUCAUUUUAAUGGACGCUAAUAGGAAAGCCAGCUCUUGGUCGCCAGCAAUAAUCAGCCAUUGAAUGCCUCCAUCAGGUUUCCUUCUCUGUGCUAGGUACGUUUCGUCCGAUUCAAAUUGUUUGAGUUCAUAGUUGAGUUUUUUUAGUCUUCAGUUGCACAAAAUCCGAUUUUAAAUAACACGCUCACUUAGAAAAUCUCUGCGGACUUCAGUUGUAUUUUAAAAUGUGAAAUAGAUUAUUCAUUAGAACAGAGAGAUGAAUAAUGAAUUCUUUGAAGCUGAAAUACUUUAGUUUUACUGACAUCAGGUGUUAAGAUAAAUGUGUAAGGCUUUUAUGAAGAACCAGUUCCCCGGAGAAUCCAGCGUAGGGCUCUGUUAACCAUUUCAUUUGAGCACCAUGCUUGACCAUUGAUAUAAUUAUGUAUUCCAGCAGAGUGAUCUUACAGUCCCCAAAUGUGAUGUGUUUCAGUAUAUUUAUUUAAAAUACAAAAUAAUUACAUCUCUGUAACCAAGGGAAAUUUAGAGCCAAAUUUGUGUAGCCUGUUGGAUUUUUACAAUAUUUAUUUAAAAUACGCACUUACAUGUCGCCAGUCCAUGGUAUCGGUACUUCUACAUCAUUGAAUUUUGUUCCCUUCUCUUGUAAUUUGUCACCUAUUAUCAUUUCUGUGUGUGGUUUUUCACACUUCAUUACAUUCAGGUCAUCUCUACGAUAGGACACCUUGGCUGACAUGCAGAUGUUGCCACAAGUGUCACUCUUGUUUUGGAUUUUUGCAUCCUUUUCUCUCCCCUUAAGAGAAGUAAGCUUUGGGAUGAUGAAAAAGCCUUUCAGAAGUUAUAUGGCUCUGAAAGUUGGGCUUACGGUGGCAAUGUCCCGUUAAUGUGUUUUAACAUUUUUUUUAUAUCAACAUUGUUUAAAAGGAUCAUAUGCUUAAUUUUUACUAAGGAUUCAAUGUAGUGUCUUAUUUUUUCUGUGUAUCGAGUUGUCUUGUCAUCCAAAAACAAAAUCUUUUCAGCAUGGAAAUAGAAGUUCAAAAACAUUUUUAAAAUAGCUGUAACAAGUGUCAGUCUUACCAUAAUGUGUCUUGUUAUUUUUACCAAUAAUAAUAUAUCAAAAUAAAAGAAGAGGGUGAGUGCAAUCAAAUCUGAAUUAUUUUCCCCUUUGUUUCUAGACACACUAUUGAUAUUCCUCUACACUGCUUAGAGUAGCCAACAAAACUACAUUUUUAUGGCUGCUUAUGUGAUAGAGAUUCAUACACUACAAUAUUUGUUUUUUCCUUCCAAGACACAAAAUAUAUGAAUGGAGGCCAAACAGUGAUCAGAUCUAGAGUGUCCUAUGUUUACACACUUUUUAAGAAUAUACACAUUUAUUACAUACAAAAAUAAAACAUUCCAAUAUUAACACUUGUGCCACCAUUUGGGAAAGUUAAAUGGUGAAGCAACUUUAGAAGAAAGCUGUCAUAAAUCAUGUUCUGACUUAUUGUUACUUACCGCCCCCCCCCCCAUAAAUAUAAGAAACUAUGGAAAACUUUUGAAGAGAAUGCUUUAUCUUCUUUUUUUCCUUCAGUUUCUAUUGUAUCUUCAGUUUCUGUUGUGGAUUAGAAGCAAACAAAGUAAUGUAUGAAAAUGUGCAUAUAUCACAUCUUUCUACGAACUCACAAAAAGCUCCUGGUGUAAGGAUUUAGGGAUUUAGAGAGUCUUUUACUAUAGUGAAUAUACGGAGAGAAGAGUGGAGUGUCCAAAAAAGGAAAAUGGCCUGAAUAAACCUGAGAUCUGGGGGAAUAUUUAUUUUAGAUGUUCAUUAUUCAUUGUACAUAUCAAAGGCUACAUUGAUAGUUAGCACUGCUUUGGUUUCUUUGAACAGGAAAUUAUUUUGUGUGUGUGUCUUAUCUGUAUAUGCUUACUAGGCCUUCAUUUUGAAGUGAGUUCUUACUGUGGCUCCCUUUUUCGCAUACUACUUCCCUUUAGCCUGUGAAGUGUUCAGGAUUGAAAACAGUGGGUUUGAGCAAAGAAAUGGGUUUGAACUUCGGUAUUUUGGUUUUUCUUUUAACUUUCUAUCUUUGACGCCAUUUAAAGUGAUUUAUCUUGAAUUAUUUUAUCAGGCUACCAGCAUGUUAUUUAUUCAUUAAAAAAAAAAAAACAAAAAAAACACCUGUAUUGAAAGUCUGCUAUUGUGCUAUUGCCUGGCACCGUCCAGGGUAUUGUGAUUUUACUGGUGAACAGACCGGGCAGGACUGUUGCUGUCCCCAUGGAGCUGAGGUCUAGUGACAAUGGCAGGGAAGGCACCAGAAGCAGCUCUUUGAGCCUCUGCAGCUCCCAGCCAGCUGCCGUAGGAAGAGGGUUAAUCCAGUUGUGCAAGUAGUGGCCCAGAAAUCUCGCUGUGGCAUGAAACUUCGGGAAAUGAGUCCUUGCUCUGGGGUAGGCUGAGAGGUCUGCACGUCCUCUGCCAUAGUUUGGUGUUUACUUCUUCUUUAGGAAAAAAGAAGAAAAAUCCAAAGAGCAUAGACAAGUAUUUGAUUUUUGCCAUUUUAGUAAAUUAUUAAUGCCUACUUGAUGCUCAUAAAAGUGAAUCUAAUCACGUUUUCAUGCGUGUUCCUAAACUUUGUUUCACAGCAUAUUCUUUUCUAAAGAUUUUCCUCAUAAAAGUUUAGAUCAAGAUUUACCAAGACAUUAAAAAACCAUCAGUGUUGUAAAUGUUAUAUAUAUGCUACUGUGGUGAAAAUACUUUUCUCAAUCAUGUUACUCGGUAUGGUUAGUUUGCCUUAUGAAUGUUGACUCUACUAGCCUGUUUUUCGAUAUCCUUUUUAAAAAACAAAACAAUCUUCUUUUGACACUGAGAUUGUUCAUUUUUAACACCAGUUGGUGGCACUAGAAACCUGAAAUUUCUCAAGGCUCUGAACAAGAGCAAAUAAUUGAAAACGUAUCCAAACAUGAAGAAUUUUCAGGAAAAUAAAUGAAAAAUAUAAUUGUAUAUUAAAGAUGUAUUUUCUGGUAUGAAUUCUUUUUUAAAAUGCAUAUGCCUGUCCAUUUUGAUGACAAUGAUAAAACUUGUUUAUCUUCCAAAAGUGUGUGUAUAUAUAUAUAUAUAUACAUAUAUAUGUGUGUGUAUAUAUAUAUAUAUAUGUAUAUGUAUGUGUGUGUGUGCAUUGUACAGAUAAUCUUUAAUUUGAUUACACUGUUCAUUUUGUAAAUAUGUUUCUGUAUAAAAUGAAGCUUUUCAAGAGAAUUCUAUGUAUAUAUUGUACUUAUUAAAUAGGUAAUGCCUCUUUACCAAGUUGUAUUUUAUAGCAUCUUUGAUUAUUUAUUUACAUACACCACUUGCUAAACAGACUGAUUCUCCAGACUGUUGGCAAGGCUGACUCAAAUUGCUUGAAUUUUCUUUUUUAAACUCCACUAAGAGGUUUUGCUUACCACAGUUCUCUUUAUUAUACCAAUUAUUAUUAGAAGUCAAUGAAUAGUAAGCAGUUUAAAUUGAAUGCCAGGUUCUAUUUUAAAUUUGUGUUUAUAACAUUGGUAGCAAAACUUGGCCUUUUACAAAAGGCAAAUUUUCACAUGCCUGUCUUCACAUAGACAUUUUCACAUGCCUGUGUGAAAAUUUCUCAUUGAACUGGACGAGCCAGUGAUAUAUUCACAUUUUCCACCAAACUAUGUAACUUGCCCAAAUUAUCUAGCUUUAAUAAUAAAGCUCUAAUAUGUUCAAUAAAAAGAUACGGAAACGGCAUUAAUUUCAUGAAGUUAAUGUGUGUGUGGUGGGCAUUUCACAUCACACCGUGUUGUUUUCCAUACACUUAAAUUAUGCCACGGACCUUAAUGACUUUACUACUGGAAAGAAUCCCCUGAAAUCAGGAUCCUUGGAAUAAAGGGAAAAUUAGAAUAGAGGAAGCUUGCAUGAUGUCCUCAAUGGUCUCUUUUUUGGUAGCCUAGGGAUUUGUUUUGUGAGAGAAAGGAAUGUAUACGUGGAAGAGAAUGAGCGAGGGAAAGAGAUACUAGCUGUGGUGGGGGGUUUUUGUUUGUUUUUUUGUUUUGGCUUGUAGUUCUUAACUGUCAGUUUGAGCCUCAUCAGUGAAGAGAUUGGAAAGACCAUCCCACUGAAUUUCUUUCCAUGCUGGAUUUUUUUCUUUUAAAAAAAAAAUUGUUAACGUUUUAUUUAUUUUUGAAGGAGAGAGAGAGAGAGAGCAUGAGCAGGGGAGGAGCAGAGAGAGAGGAAGACAUAGAAUUUGAAGCAGGCUCCAGGCUCUAAGCUGUCAGCACAGAGCCCAAUGCGGGGCUUGAACUCACAAACUGUGAGAUCAUGACCUGAGCCGAAGUCGGACGCUUAACCGACUGAGCCACCCGGGCUCCCCUUGGGUUUUUUCUUAAUAACUCUACUCCAAUCCGUGAAUGUAGAAAGAGUACACACUUCUUUAGGACCAGAAGCUUAAGAGGAUGCCUCUGGUUGACAAAUGCCAAUGCUGUUUUAAUGAUUCUCUCUGAGAACAGUGUGACCAGACUUGAUGUUCCUGCCCCUAUAGAGAUGCACUAUUAACCUACGUUAUAUUUAAGAAACUUGAUUUUUUUUUUUAAGCAUGCAUUUAAGAAGUAUUCUAUUUCUGAGGAAUUUUCAGCCUUGUUUUACUUUUUGAUUGUCCGAAGGCCAUGCUGUUGGCUAGACUAUCUAUCUGCUCCUAAUUGCACUCCAAAACACACACACACACACACACACACACACACACACACACACACACGGAAUAGGAUGUCAUUACAUUCCAGAGAAGAAUCUCUACCAUUUAGCACAUUGCCAAAGUAGUUCUGUAAAUUUAGGACCCACUGAAAUAAAACAAAAAACUUACUGAUAGUCAACUUCUGCAUUAACUUGGGAAAUACAUUAAAUAUUAGAAUGGCUUUCCACAUCAUUUCACUAUGCAGUUUUUUUGUUUUGUUUUUUUUGUUUUUUUUAAUGACUAAGGCGCAGGGCAGUAAGUCGUGUGUGUGUGUGUGUGUGUGUGUGUGUGUUCUCAGCACCCUCCUACUUUGCUUGUUUCAGGAAAUACCAGUUAAACUUGCACACUACUUGUUUCUUAGGUUCUCUUUAUGAGCUCUGACUAGGUGAGACAACCCCAAAUGCCCAUCACCCCUGCUGUCCUUCCUCCAGGUCUGCCCUGCUUCUGCCCACCCAGACCCCCAGUAGAUUCCAUCUCCCCAAAAACCAGGUAACCAGGAAGCCCGUGCCAAGGGAGGGUGCCGCCUUGGGCUCAGAACUAGCUUCUCUCUGGAUUUUGUGUUUUGUUCUUGUGAAUUUGAGACAAGGUUGGAGGGAGACCCUGCUGGGACAAGCAGGCCAGAAAGAGUCUUUCCCCGGCAUCCUGACCGGAAUUCAGAACUCAUUUUCUCAUAGAAAUCCCAUUUUAUUUAAAAUUUUUUUAAAGUUUAUUUAUUUAUUUUGGGAGAGAGUGGGGGCGGGGGCAGAGAGAGAGAGAGGGAGACAGAGGAUCCAAAGUGAGCUCAGUGCUGAUGGCAGCCAGCCCGAUGCGGGGCUUGAACUCAUGAACCUCGAGAUCAUGACCUGAGCCAGAGUUGGAUGCUCAACUGACUGAGCCCCCACAGGUGCCCCCUAAAAUCCUAUUUUAAAUAGUACUUUACUCGAAGUUUAUGUGUAAAGUGGCCUUUGUGUGCUUGCCUGAAAUAUUUAUUACGUUGUUUCUUUACUUUUAUGAGGUUCAGUGCCUUCUAAGCUCCAAGGCACCAACUUCCAAAAAAAAGUUGAAGCCGAGGCCGGGAGACAGAGCUCUGUGGCGGGAGGACGUUCCACACGCUCAAGCUCCAGGUGCCCCCUGAGGGAUCGGACGAUCCAGUCUCACGAAGGGUUAUGAAGUUGUCGUGGUCGAUCUAGCAUCUCGGGUGCCAAAUCCCAAGCCGUCGAGCACAAAUGUCGCCGAUGGAUUUUACAGAUCAGACUCUACUGUGGGGAUAACGUAGUUCCACUGCAGCAACCACUGGUCACAGAGCAGAAGAAACUCUUGGCGAGGUUCUGGGGCGCUUUCAAAGCCGUGGAGAUCACUUGAACACUCCUCCCACGCAGAUGAUUUGUGGUGGGCUUUUGUUUUUUGUUUUUUUAAUAUUUAUUUGAGAGCGAGAGAGAGAGCAUGAGCAGGGAAGAAACAGAGAGAGACACAGACUCCGAAGCAGGCUCCAGGCUCGGAGCUGUCAGCACAGAGCCGGACACGGGGCUCGAACUCACGGACCGUGAGAUCAUGACCUGAGCCGAAGUCGGGUGCUUAACCCACUGAACCACCCGUGCGCCCCAUGAUUUGUGUUUUGAUGGAAGUCAGGCUGUUUGCUGUCGCCAAUUCAAAGCCGUUACGCUCCACAAGACACACAUAUAAAGCCAUUUUUUCACCAUUUCCUAGAUUUUCUUCCUGCCUUUGGACUCAUUGAAUAUUUUGUAUGAAGCACAGAUUCCAGAGAGGAAAGAGCGCUUGAAGGGAGAACAUCUAGCCCCAGAAUGACCGGACCCUCAGGUUCCACAGACC